AUGGAUAACCAAGGGUACUGGGACAUAUACAAAAAUAUCAACAUUCCACUCCCCAAGAAUAGUACCAUCCCUCACAACCAGCUAGACGCACACUGUCAGCAAAUUCUCAGGCACAUCAAUCUGUUUAGCACAGACCUACCCAAGGACCACAUCGAGACAGCCCGCUAUACAUACUACGCCCUCUACACUUACGUUAACACCAACAGUAGCAAGGUACUCAAGGUACUCAAGAACACUGGUCUAGAUGAGGAUACAAUCAUUGUUUUCACUGGUGAUCACGGUGACAUACUUGGCGAACGCGGUCUGUGGUACAAGAUGGCCUGGUUUGAGAACUCCUCCCGAGUGCCCAUGCUCUUCCAUGCUCCUAAGAAGUUUACUCCCAAGCGCGUCUCUGACCUCUACGGUUGA